AUGGUCCGUCAAUUAAAUCUAAUUCGCCAUGGUCCGUCAAUCACAUCUCCAAGACUCAAGAUCUGCUAUCGAGCUUCUCAGACGUCUGCUCCCACCAACACCACAUCAAGAUUCGCCCCUCUCGACACUAUCAACACCACCUCCUUCGAUGCUGAUCAGUACAUGAACCUUAUUUUAUGUGGAGCAGGGCUGUCUGAUGGUGUUUUUGUUAGUUGCUUCAUGUCAAUGUCAUCAACUAUAGUGUGGAUGACCUCAAUGGGAAAAGUUAAAAAACAUUUCACUUUUUACCUCGAUGACAUUGUCAACAUAUCUGUUUGGUGCAUCUCUUUUAACAUGGUCAUCCAUGCCAUGCUUCCUGAAUCUGAUGGUGCAACUUUCAUCUCAAGGUUGGAGGGUGUUGUGAGCCUGGAUGAAAGAUUUCUAAACUAUGAGAAUGAUUAUUUCACUCAUAAGAGUAGAGAACCGGAUCAAGAACUUAUGGGUGUGGAAGACAAUAACCAUAUCAAUGCUUCAAUUAGUUCUUAUUUGAGGCUGCUGUCCGGACAUUUUAAGUUACCUUCAGCACUAAGGACACUCAAAUAUCUAAUCCGUAGAUACAAAUUGGAAAGGGAAGAGCUAGAAAUGGAGUUUCAUGCUUUUAAACAAGAAAUCAAUCAAGUCAAAACUAAUGAUUUAGACAUGAAAAGAGCUUUGAAUGAAAAAGAGAAAAGUCUUCAAGAGUCCCUUCAGCGGGUUGAGCUUCUUGAAAAAGAGAUUGACAACAAGGAUAAAGAGGCGCAAGUUAUUCUCUUUUUUCUUGUAUCAAAUUAA